CGUGUCCCCAACUCUAAUCUGCCGGCGAGUAAAUCGGUCUAAAAUCCAACCCUCUCAAGAAAAUUAGUUGACUUUUUAAUGCCGUUAGUUUAGCGUUAACUCGCCGUCGUAGGUCGUUAGUUCAGGUGGCUCCUUUUCUAAAUGUGAUGGUGGUUAUCACUCAGGCACGGCAGCUCCGCCUCUCUCCUCCACCUACCACCACUAUCUCCUCCACCCUCUACGACCCUACCUCUCUUUCUCUUGCUCUCAUGCACUCUGACUCCUCUUUUUCUCUUUACCCUUCCAUCUCCCCGUUCUCUCCGCCUCCUCUCCACUCCGCCACCACCACCGUCGUCUCUCCUCCCUCAUCCUCCGCUACCUUCCUGCGCCUCCGCUCCACCGACAUGUCUCGUGUUAUCUUCCUUGUCUCAUCCCCAAACCUCGUCGGUAGCUCGAUACUCCUCCGUUUCUACAUCCUCCGACCGGAUAACCAAUUCGCUAGGGUUAGGGUAAUUUGCAAUCAAAGUGAUUUGAGUUUUGACGAGAGGAAAUUAGGGGUUUUAUUUAGGGUAAACCACGGGGUUUCAAUCAAACUUGCGGGGUCAAUCAAUGUCUUCGCGAUGUACUCCGUUUCUAACCGUAAAGUUUGGGUUUUCGCGGUGAAGCUUGCGGGAGAAGGAGAUAACGUGAAGUUGAUGAAAACUGCGGUGAUCGACUGCGAUUCGCCUGUGUUUUCUAUAAGUGUUUCUAUUGGGUUUUUGAUAUUGGGGGAAGAGAAUGGAGUUAGGGUUUUUCCCUUGAGGCCUCUUGUGAAAGGGCGAAUCAGUAAAGAUCGUCGCCGAGAUGCAAGUAAGAAAUCCGACAAAUCGGAAGUCCAGAAGAUCAAAUUGCUAAAUGGAUUGACCCCGGAAACGAACGGAAGCACCAUUUUAUAUGUAAAUUCUGCAAAAGUAACUGGCAACAGCAGCAAAACCAUAAAUGUCAACGGUAAUAUAGAAGAAAAGAUCGGGAAACAUUCUGAUACUUCUGCAAGGUUGAAGUGUGUGAAAACGAGACAAAAUUCUAAAGAAGGUGGAGUUCGUUUUGUGGCAUUUAACUCAUCAAAAGUACGAUUGGGAUCAAAAAAGGCAAUUUCUGUUCACUUCUUGGGCCAUAAUAAGUUUCUGAUCUUAGACUCUGAUGGAGAGCUAUAUCUGUUAUCUCUAUCAAAUCCUUUUUCUGGGUCUGAAACAAUCUGUGAGAUGAAGAAGUUGACCCUCACCAUGAAAGUUCAGAGUCUUGCAGUUCUUCCUGAUGAUUCCACAAGAGCUCAAACUGUUUGGGUAUCAGAUGGGAACUAUACUAUACAUGCAAUGGUGGUAUCUGAUAUGGAAUCUCCUGGGAAUGAAAAUGACACCAAGAACAAUGAAGAAACUAUUCAACACUCAGCCACUGAAGCGAUUUUCACCAGUGAAAAGAUUCAAGAAAUUAUUCCUUUAGCUUCAAAUGCAAUAUUGCUUCUUGGACAAGCCAACAACAUCUUUGCUUAUGCAAUAUCAUAAUGAUGCCGAGUGAUUUUCUUUCCAAACUGAAUUUUCGGGGGGUAUAUCUGAUCAAAUGUUCAUGGCUUGUUCCACUUAUGAAAAUUCAUGGAAUGACCUUUUUGUUUAAAGAGUGGGUCCCAUAUUCUCUUCCCUUCAAUGUCAUCUCAUUGUUAUAUCAGACAAAUCAUUGUGUGUAUGCUUCAGACAAUACUGAGAUUUUGAAGAGAAUUUUAUGGAAGCAGUUUGGUGGAUUGGUCUUUGAGUUUUAUGAUUGGUUUAUUGCCACCUAAGCAAGUAAAAUGCUCCUGAAAGUAGGAUGCUAUAAUUUGCAUGGAAUUUCAACUUCUGGGAUUCUGAGUCAUAUCAGUGGGAAAGGAGAGAGUCUUUCAUGCCAUUUGCUGCUCAUAAAUUUUUAAAAAACGGAUUGAAGAAACAUUAUCUUUACAAAAAUUGGCACAGCUUGAAGACAAUUAAAACAUGUUUUUUUUCUCAUAAACUUUGUGUUAAUUCCCUCUUUAUGUUAGUUUUCUUGUUUGAAAGAGUUGGUUUUAUAUGAGCAACAUAAGUGAUAUGGAGAUUAUGUUAUUUGAAGUUAUAAAUGAUGUCUGAAGUUUAGUAA